GUAGUUCGACAUCCGGUGAAUCUAUGCCUAUUCUAGAUCAUUUUUUGCGACGGGGUUUUUUCUAUCUGUAUUAUUAUUUUUAAAUAGCUUAUAAUCGAACGCGUUAAUGUCAUCAAUAAAAUGUGCAGAAGUGAAAGAUAAAUAAAAUAAAAAUAAUUCAGAGCUGAGCCGAGUAAAUAAGAGUAGCGACGCGUGUCAUAGUAGUACACGAAAUGAAAUACGUGAAAUGAAUGUGAGCUUUAAUAUUUUGUCUUAGCAUAUAGAGGCGUCAAUGUGGGUGGGUAAUGUUGCGCAAUCGAAAAUGAAUUUGCUAAGUCAGGAAACACCUGUAUAUUUUUUGGCAUUUUCAAAAUUAAAUUUUGAUUACGUGAUUAUACAUGUUGAAUUCACACGUGCUGACUUUAAGCUGUAAACUUGGAACUUUUGAUGACGGUAGAAAUUUGAAUGAUACUUUGUUUCAAAAAGACAUAUAAAGAAUAAAAAAUAAAAUGGGUUUGCUACUAUCGAUUCUUGUCGGAUGUGUGGGCGCAAUUGAAUUGCUUGCAUGUUUGAAACAUUUAACGGAUGAAAUAACAAUUACUCCCGCGCCAUGUUUGUCUUAUCAUGGGCCGGCGAUGGUGGAAAAUCCAAGUUUUCACGAUUCUCUUUGCGGAAUCAGUCACUCGACAGACAUCAGAAUGCCUUCUAGUGCACGAAAUAAACUGGAAAAUCUUCACGAAUACAGCUUGAGAGUACGUAGUGAAUUGAAGUCACAUGGCUACGCGGAUGGAAGCACUUUGUCGGAGCUGAGUAGUCGUGAUCUACGAAGCGUAUCACGGGCGGAUUCCAGACUUAGUUUGGAUUUCGAGUUGAUCGAGAAGGAUGCCGAUGAACCUUGGCAGGGGCUGGUUGACGGCACGCGAGAUCAAUUGACUACGAUACUUACGGGAAUUGAUUUAAAUGAUUAUGAUAAAACUUCAGAUUAUGAUGAUAACGAUGAUGGUUAUGAUGAUGACGAGGACGAUAGGUUGAUUCUUGAAGAAAUUAUUGAACCUGAUAAAUUAAUAACAGAGGCAGAGACUCGAAAAAAUGGAAUAUUGAAACCUGUAGCAAUUUUCCCGAAAAAUUUAUCAGCUUCCAGUUCGUCGAUAGACUUGAGCGCGGCAUUUGAAAAUGAUUCGGGCAAUGAAUUACCAACGAAGGAACACUUUAGACACGUGCCAGUGGUUGCCAUGAGGCAUAAUGGAGAAUCCUCUUCGUCAGCUCACUCCUUAAUUGAGGAUCCUCGUGUUUGCAGAAAAUUAUUGCCGAAGAAAAGUUGCAUUAAGAAUAAAGGAGCUGAAUCCAAGUCGCCGGAUCACUCGACAACGACGGCUGAGAUAACUUCAAUGAGUUUUAAAGAGGGGCUUCCGUCGAAUGAAAAUGUCUUUUCAGUUUCAAAUAAUGAUAGUGUCUUGUCGAUAGAUAGGGCUGCAAAUGGCGAAAAGGAAAUUGAAGAACGUGGUACUAGUCCCAUUUCACAUCACAAUCAAAAAAGACAGAAAGUUAGGCAGACUAGUGUUUUGCGAAAGUCAACGAGGCUUAAAUCGAAGAACGCGGAAAUAAGUAAAUCUGCGGAAAAUUUGAGCAGCAAAAAAUUAACUAAAAGACAACGAGAUCCAGAGAGACGAAAAUCCGAUAUUUCGAUACAAACUACUUCUAGUAGCGAGUAUUAUCGUGAUGAAUGGACAAACACGUCACCUACUGACAGUGAAAAAUCGAUGUCAACAAGUAGAUCAAGUUUGGUGUCAGUUGAAGUGCAAACGAAUUUUGAAGUCGACGAUUAUAAUGAUAAUGGUAAUGACGUUUCUGGGUGGAAAUAUUUUCCACCAAAGUCUGAGAGUAAAAAGGACGGUUGGAUGAAAAACGGCAAAAGGUCGUUUGUGAGUAAACGUUUCCCUAAAUCACGAUCGCUCGAUGAUCACUACACGAACGAGUCUAUUGAACCCGAUAACUCUGACCGGCGACUCCAUUACAAGGAGACCGCUUUACGAUUUAGAGCGAAUAAUUCCAGGCUAGAGGCUUCUACUGCAGCAGCAGUAGCUCCUAGUAACACGAUUACUAGGGAUGCUGAGACUAGGAAUAGUUGGCGACCCUCCAUAAUGCAGGGCAGUGAAGAGGAUUCUGUAGAUGAAGAAGAAUUUGUGGAUGCUGAAGAUGAAAGUAUUUUACAAGCUACAGGACCCAUUGAAUACUGCAUACCUAGCGUUGAAUCUAGUAAAGCUUUUUGGUUGAUUUUCAGUGGCGAGUACACAAAGGCAAUGAACAAGGAUUGGCACAGCGGUCACUUCUGUUGUUGGCAGUGCGACGAGUCCUUGACCGGACAGCGUUACGUCCUGCGCGACGAGCAUCCCUACUGCAUCAAGUGCUACGAAAGCGUCUUUGCAAACGGCUGCGAGGAGUGCAACAAGAUCAUCGGUAUCGACUCAAAGGAUCUUUCGUACAAGGACAAGCACUGGCACGAGGCUUGUUUCCUCUGCAACAAGUGCAGGGUCUCUUUGGUGGACAAACAAUUUGGAAGCAAGGUCGACAAGAUUUAUUGUGGCAAUUGUUACGAUGCCCAGUUCGCAAGCCGUUGCGAUGGAUGCGGCGAGAUCUUCCGCGCUGGUACCAAGAAGAUGGAAUACAAGACUCGACAGUGGCACGAGAAAUGUUUUUGCUGCGUCGUAUGCAAGAAUCCCAUUGGUACAAAGAGCUUCAUUCCGCGCGAGCAGGAAAUUUACUGUGCCGGUUGUUACGAGGAUAAAUUUGCCACUCGUUGCGUCAAGUGUAAUAAGAUUAUCACCAGCGGUGGCGUAACAUACAAGAACGAACCAUGGCACAGAGAUUGUUUCACUUGCAGCCAUUGUAACAAUUCACUGGCAGGCCAGCGAUUUACUUCACGCGAUGAUAAGCCGUACUGUGCUGAAUGCUUUGGCGAGCUUUUUGCCAAGAGGUGUACAGCUUGCACGAAACCAAUCACUGGCAUCGGUGGCACACGUUUUAUCUCAUUCGAGGACAGGCAUUGGCACAAUGACUGCUUCAUCUGCGCUGGAUGCAAAACCUCACUAGUCGGACGUGGAUUCAUAACUGACGGCGACGACAUCAUCUGUCCCGAGUGCGCCAAACAGAAGCUCUCGGAAUGAAAAAUUCGCGGCAAAAUAAUAUAAAAUAAAAGCAACAUCAAAAAAAAGUAUAUUUAAAAAAAAAAUAAAAUAACGAGUGUUGAUGACGAGGAAAUUGAUAAACGAGGAUUUAAGUUUAUAGAGAAUAUAAUACGUGUGAAAAAUAAAAUAACAAUAAAUAAAUAACGACGUAUUUAAUAAUACGAAAUUUAUCUCGCUAUGAUUUUAAAUAUUUAUCAAACUUAAUUUCACUAUUUUUUUUUUGUUCUUGUUUUAAAAAAUUUAUUAAGAUAUGUUAAUUUGCAAUUAGUUUUAUUACUAAUUUGUUACUGUAAUAGUCAUUUGUAAUUUCAACUUUUAUUUUUAGCUCCUUAAUAAAUAUUUAACACAACUCCAACAUUGUUCGAGUUUUUUAAAAAUAUUUUUAAUAUUUCUCGAGUACUGUUGGAUUUGGCUAUUGUUUUAAUGUAUGAGCUUAUAAAAAAUAUAUUUAAAAAUCUAUAUAUAUAUAUAUUUAAAUAUACUAUAAAUAAAACUGUCCCUAUGGAUCAUAGUGGGAACAAUGUGCAGUUGCCUUAAAAAAUCAAAUUGCUUAAUAUUAAUAUAUAUAUUACACUAUACGUAUACUUAAUGAAUAACAAUAAAAAAAAAAUUAACCUAAUAGAAGCGAGCCAAGUUACAAGUGAUCUUAUAAAUAUUAUUUCUUAACUUUUUUUUAUUAAGCAAAAAAAAGAGAAAUAAAAAGUCAGCAUAAAAAAAUUUGCUAAUCAACUUAACGACUUGUCAAUUUAUAUUUAUAUUUUAUAUCAAAAUUAAUUUAUUCAUUCAUAUUGAUCCGUUUAGCCGCUCAUUAGUACGUGAAAUACGAGUCUGUAAAUGACUAAAUUGCAUGCGGCUAUUUAAGCGUUUAAAAAUAAUAUAGUAAAAGUAAAUAUUAAAUUGCUACUGUACCAGAAUAUGGAAAUAAACGAAAUACUCACACUCACACUCACACUUACACUCACACUUACACUCACACUCACACAAUACAGAUACACACGCACACACAUAAACACACAGUAAUUUAUUUUGUGAUUAGUUACAAAACCAAUCAACACAUGACUAUUGCUCGAACACAAUUGCCAAUUUACGCUUUCCCUGGAAUUGUAUCGAGUGAAAAAAAGAAAUUAACUUCGUUUUUUUGUUAUUAAAAAAAAUGAACAAACAUAAUUUUAAUUGUCAUAUCACAUCUGGACAUUAAUAUAACGCACAGAUAUUUAAUUAUAUGUAUGUGUGCAUUCGACAAACGAAAUUUGUGGCCUUAUUGUGAUUACUAUAUUACCUAUACUUCAAUGCAUAUAUAUAUAAAAAAAAAAUACUGUUUUAAAUAAUAAUAGUAAUAUUAAUAUUAUUUAUCAUCAAUAACAUGUACUAUGUAAAUUUAUAAUCAACCACAAACAAAAUAAGGAAUUGAAUUUAAAUUGACAUUAUAGAGUUUUGUCAUGUAUAAUAAUUGAACAAACGAAUGAAUAAUAAUUAUUAUUAUCAUAAUAAUAAUAACAAUAACAAAAGCUUGAAUUAAUAAUAACGACUAUAUAUAUAAAUAUAUAUAUAUCAUGACGAACCAAUGACACUUGCUAUGUAAACAUUUAAAAUCACUGACAUCUACUAAUCGUUUUUAUUAGUAAAUUAUACAUAAUAAAAUAAUAUAAAACUAUAAAUAUAAAUAUAAAUAUUUGAAACGUGAUUAUGUACUCGAAACAUCAAAUUAUCACGAUGUAAAAUUGAUUAAAUAAAUGUUAUUAUUUACAAACUUAAAA